ACUGGUGAUGGCUGAGAGGGAGGAGGAUGGUGCCGAGGAAGCCUGGCUGCAGCUACGGCCAGUGGAGCCCCUGCCGUCCCAGUGCUGUGGCGGUGGCUGCUCACCCUGCGUGUUCGACCUCUAUCACCGAGACCUGGCAAGGUGGGAGACAGCCCGAGCCAGCAAGGACAGGAGCCUGCUGAGUGGGCAGGAGUCACAGAGCUGCGUCUCCAAACUGAGCCCAGAGACCUUCCUGGCCUUCCGCAUCAGUGCCAUGGACAGACUCACUAAGGACACUUAUCGUGUUCGAUUUGCGCUGCCUGGGAACAGCCAGCUCGGCCUGCAGCCCGGCCAGCACCUCAUCCUACGAGGAAUAGUAGAUAACUUAGAAAUUCAGAGAGCCUACACGCCCAUCAGCCCGGCCAACGCAGAAGGAUACUUUGAAGUUUUAAUUAAGUGCUACCAGACUGGGCUGAUGUCCCGAUAUGUCGAGUCCUGGAGAGCAGGAGACACAGCUUUCUGGCGAGGCCCUUUUGGAAAUUUCUUCUAUAAACCAAACCAGUAUGGUGAGCUCCUCAUGCUGGCUGCAGGCACGGGCCUGGCCCCCAUGGUGCCCAUCCUCCAGAGCAUCACAGACAAUGAAGAGGACGAGACUUUUGUCACUCUAGUCGGCUGCUUCAAGACCUUUGAAGGCAUCUACCUGAAAACCUUCCUCCAGGAACAGGCCCGUUUCUGGAAUGUCCGUACUUUCUUUGUACUCAGCCAGGAGAGCUCCUUCGAGCAGCUUCCCUGGAGUUACCGGGAGAAGACCCGCUUUGGCCGUCUGGGCCCGGGCCUGGUUGAAGAGCUGGUCAGUGGCUGCCGGAGAAAGCCUUUCGCACUGGUCUGUGGCUCAAAUGAGUUUACUGAGGACGUAGCCAGGUGCUUGGAGUGUGCAGGCCUCACCGGGGACUCCUACUUCCUCUUCUAGUCUAGGCCACCCUUCUAAAACCCAGGCUGGGCCUGCAGCUGGGGCCCAGGAAGGACCACAGCUUGGAACCAGAAGACAUGGAAUCCAGCCUGGCCCCACUGCUGACUGGCCAGUGAC